AGAGCGUAACCAAUAAGCCACUCUCACCUACACUAAACCAAACCCACAAUUUUUCAUUUUUCAUUGCAAUAUAUAAUUAAAUCAGUUAAAAAAUAUUUAGAUUCAUUUUUCAGUAAAAAAAGUUUUCAAUUUCAUUUUUCUUUUACGUAUGUGAGAAGCUUCUUCUCUCUUCAACUCAGCUUCUGAGUCAACUCGUUCUUUCCUCUAUGGUUGUGUACUUGAGGUGCAUGAGGUUGAUAUUCAAUGGAAACAGUUGUUGAAAUUGAGGAUUAUGAUGAUGGGAAGCUUGGAGACAGUGGGAUUGAUAGAAGCAGUCAUGCUUUGUCUUCACCGAAGCGGAUUUCCAAUCCAGUUGUGUACAAACUUGUUCGGGUUGAAGGUGAUGGGAGGUUAGUGCCUGCAACAGAUGAUGAAGUAAUGGAGGUCGAGGAUUUUCUUGAAUAUGAAAACAGUGAAAUGCGUGUUGUUGCAGACACUGGACAGAGUAUGGAAUGCAUAUCAAUCGAAAGAUCAUCUUCUGGGAAGCUUCGAUUGGAGUGCUCGGAAGGCGUUUCACAAUUAGGCACUGCAGAGGCAGAUUUGGGGAAGCUAAAUGCAAAGUUUCAGUAUAUUGAACAGAUGCUGCAAAAGGUUAAACAGGAAGAGAAACUUCGCUUGUCGUCUCGGUCACCUGUUCAUUCUCAUGUACAAAUAGAUAGCCAGUGUUCUGCUGAUAAGUUUCCUGUCAGAAAUGAGAAGGUUCUGUCUGAAACUCCAUUCCAGGAAGCACAUUCUAUAGCAUCAAGUUUAAAUUAUAGUCUUAGUAAUCAAUCUGGGAGUAUCGAUCAGUGUUCUAGACCUUCUGGAGGAGUGAUAGAAAGUGGUUCAUCUGCUUCUGCUGUCAAUUCCGCUUUGAAGCAUGAUUUUUCCAUGACAGACGGAGAAAUAUGUUUGGAUAAGUUGUCGAUCAAAGAACUUCAUGAACUGUUUAAGGUCACUUUUGGUCGGGAAACUACUGUGAAAGACAAACAGUGGUUGAGGAGGAGGAUUGCUAUGAGUUUAACUAACUCAUGCGAUGUUUCAGCAACAACAUUCACUGUUAAAGAUAACAAAAUAACUAGAAAAUGUGAAGAAGAAUGUUCUAGAAAUGUGAAUGCUGCAGCUGUAAUCUCUGUGGAAAAUAUGGCUGUGCAAAGGGAUAUCAAGUAUAAUGAUUCAAAUGCCGUGGGUGGUUGCGAAGUUGAUAAUAACCAAGUUGCUUCUGAAACAAGACUGGAAAAUCUUAAUAUUGAACAUGAAUUAGAAGAUGAGGAUCAGCUGAGAGAACAAAGAGCUGCGAAAAGAAUGCGUAAGCCCACUAAGCGAUAUAUUGAAGAGCUCUCUGAAAAUGAAUCUAGAGAGCAAAUUCCUAGGUCGUCAAGUUCUAAUAAAAGUACGGGACACAUGCAGGCUUCUCCAACAUCUUAUGCUGGGCCUGCUAGGAAUGCUUAUCCAGAGACAAGAACAUUUACCACCAGGUUAGACUCUCUUGGAGGUUCUGGUUUCCAAAUUCCUUGUGUUACUCGGGUGCGAAGAAGUCGUCCACGGAAAAAUAUCACUUCUCUUAUGAAAUUCCAUCCAACUGGCACAGGCGAGGCUGCAAAGUUAGGCAAUAAAGUCGUUAGCAAUCAUGGUUCUGAUGCUGAUAGUGAAAUUGAGGACAAAUUCAUAAAGCCAAGUUCAAUGCAUGUGAAGGUUCAUCAGACGUCUACUUCUGAGUCUACGAAAGAGAAGAAGCAGUAUCCGGUAAUGAUUGGCACAACUGAUCCAAGGCAGGAAUUGAGGCCUAAAAAGAUAGAUUCCUCAAGUCAUGCCACAGAGGGCAAUAUUCCCACUGCUAAAGGUGGAAUGAGGAGGAAGCAUCAUCGAGCAUGGACUCUUGUUGAGGUAUUGAAACUGGUUGAUGGUGUGUCGCGGUGUGGACCAGGGAGGUGGUCUGAGAUCAAACGGCUCUCCUUUUCUUCGUACUCACAUCGUACCUCUGUUGAUCUCAAGGACAAGUGGAGGAAUUUGCUCAAAGCUAGCUUUGCACCGACAUCUGCAGAUGAAGGGAUGAAUUCGCGGAAGCAUGGUUCCGCCCCAAUUCCUGAGCCAAUUUUAGUACGUGUGAGAGAGCUAGCAGAGAUAAAUUCUCAAGUACCUUCAAAUUCCAGUUCAAGCAAGUUCACAGCUAAUGGGGCAACUAAUGGUGCAAGGAGUAUGCAUGGAGACAGAGUGGGGUACUUGUAGUAGUGUUGUAAAUAUUACCAAAUUGCUUAACACUGCAAAAAUUCCCAAAAAAAAAGUAUUUAACUUGUGCGCUCCUUUAAACCAGUCCUUUUUUAUAUGCAUAGAGUUUUGCAAUGUUGUAGGCAGUUAAGAGAUUGAUCAGAUGUUUAAAGUAUUGAGGAAGCGUAUAAUAUAAUGUCUUGAGUUCUUCAUUA